AUGUUCCAAUUGUUUCAAAAUAAGUUGGGUUUCAUCACCCAAACUGUAGAAGAACAGCGUCUGCUGUCAUGUGAAUUGACCGACACGUCCGAAGAAGUACCACGACUGCAGAGGACCAGCAAGCCAAUACCUUUGCGUUUUAAGGUCGUAGACCGGUGUCGUUCGACCUGCGGGUCUACUCGGACCGUGCUUCUCUCCAGCAGUGGACUCAAAAAGGAUGAGACGGUGAUGACGAAAUGGUUAUCGUCACAAAUUCGAUUCGAACCCGCAUACGGCGGCAUCGGACGCCAACCGCCGAGCGGGCGAAACGGACUAGACGCCGCUGUGGGAACACAGCCCGAACCCGACACCGCAGUCCACUCAGCGGGCACGCGUCAAAGGGGCCGCCGUUCGAUUCCCGGAAACCGGUUGUUCGACGCGUCGCGACACACGACACGUGUAUCUAGACUCGUCACCAAGCCGAUGCAAACACGAAACUCGGAGAGCGAG